AUUCAAACCUUCUUAAUUCUCCCAAAAUUUUUUACAACUCUUGUUUAUUUUAUACAAUGAAUCCAUUCAACCGGGGCUUCAUUCCUCCGCGAUCUAGUGCGGACACAAACCAAAGUGGCAAUCCUACUCGUCCCGUGGCACCGGUUCCCACUAGACCCAAUCCUUUCGGCUCCGGUUUUCUCGACUACAAUCAACAAAGUCCCGGGUUCAUGAAUCUUUUGAACCAACCGCUAUCAUGGGACCCUAAUCUCUACGGGUGGAACCCAAGUCAAAACAUGGAUGGGAUGGGGUCGUCUCAAGCGUUUGGGUCGGCUCAAGCGUUCGGCUCCCCACUACACGAACCCGAUGUUGUUCCGGAGACGCAACCCGAGGUACCGGAUACGCAACCGGAGACGCAAAAAGGAAAAGGAAAAGCAAAACGGGCACAUAAAAAGAAAGUUGAAACCAACACCCGAACGAAAAAAAAUGUGCAAACGUGGGAGCCCGAAGAGGAGUAUGCGUUAACCCGCGCUUUCAUCGAUGUUUCGGAGGACCCGGUCAUAGCAAACAAUCAAAGUAAAACCGUAUUUUGGAACCGAGUACGAGAAAUCUUUUUCGAGCUCAUGGGUAGGGGAGAAUACCGCCUACCGGACUCUAUAUCGGGGAAGUGGACCGAUAUAAACAAGAGGUGCACAAACUUUCAAACCGUGUACCAACGCUUGUAUUCCGGAUGGAAAAGUGGAAGUAGCGAUGAAGACAUUACGCAAGAGGCAUUGGUCGAGUAUACGGAGGCUAAUGGCCAUUUCCCGUGA